ACGGUAUGGUACGGAGUGAUUACACAAAUCCUGUUUCUGGGGAACAAUACUUUUCAAUAUUUGACAUUUCGUCCCACAAUAUAACCAAACAUUGAAAUUUGAUACCCAUCGAAAUCUCUCUCUCAAACCAUCGGGAAAACCUGCAUGUCAAGUUUGCUCUUUUGAAAGUGGAUGAUGCUAUAUUCAUUUCUGGGGUUGCUCAAGGAAUUGGUUUCUGCCUAGUGCAAGACCUUUGAGUUGAGCAACUAUUAUCACAAUGGUAACCUCUCACCGCAGGUUCACUGGGGUUUUCAAAAGAUCAAAUGACAGUGUCAGGCUAAUAAUAACAACAAUCAUGGGAAUGGUAUUUGGAUAUUUCAUUGGUAUUUCGUUUCCAUCUGUUUCUCUAGCAAAGAUGUCUUUACCUUCAAGCAUUUUAUCAUCUCUUGAUGUAGCCUUCAAUGACGGUCAUCAAAGACUUAGUGGACGUAGUUUUCCUGAAAAUCUUGGCAGUGUCCCUUUAACACCUAAGAUAUAUGUUCCAACAAAUCCUCGCGGUGCAGAGUCUUUGCCACCAGGGAUCGUGGUCCCUGAAUCAGAUUUCUAUCUACGAAGGUUGUGGGGUGAUCCAAGUGAGGAUCUGAGGAAUAAGCCAAAGUAUUUGGUGACAUUUACAGUUGGUUUGGAUCAAAAGAACAACAUCGAUGCCUGCGUUAAAAAGUUUUCAGAGGAUUUUCAAAUUUUGCUUUUUCAUUAUGAUGGUCGAACGAGUGAAUGGGAUCAGUUCGAAUGGUCCAAGCGUGCAGUUCAUAUCAGUAUUAGGAAGCAGACAAAAUGGUGGUAUGCAAAGAGGUUUUUGCAUCCUGAUGUCGUAGCUGCCUAUGAUUAUAUAUUUAUCUGGGACGAAGAUCUGGGGGUUGAACACUUCAAUGCAGACAAGUAUAUUCAGCUAGUUAAGAAACAUGGACUAGAGAUCUCUCAGCCAGGUCUUGAACCCAACAAUGGUCUAACAUGGCAGAUGACAAAGAGGAGAGGUGAUAGAGAAGUUCACAAGAGUACAGAGGAGAAACCAGGCUGGUGCAGUGAUCCACGGUUACCUCCUUGUGCAGCUUUCGUGGAAAUAAUGGCUCCUGUAUUUUCUCGAGAAGCAUGGCGAUGUGUUUGGCAUAUGAUUCAGAAUGAUUUGGUGCAUGGAUGGGGAUUGGAUUUCGCUCUCAGAAGAUGUGUAGAGCCUGCGCAUGAAAAAAUUGGUGUAGUGGAUUCACAAUGGAUAGUGCAUCAAGUUAUUCCUUCCCUUGGAAGUCAGGGUAGCUCGGAGAAUGGUAAAGCCCCUUGGGAAGGGGUAAGAGUGAGGUGCAGAAAUGAGUGGACAAUGUUUCAGGAUCGAUUAGCCAGUGCGGAUAAGGCAUAUUAUGCACUAAAUGGGAAAACCAGAUUAUAACAUCGCCUACAACUUGUUUGUAAAUUGCUUCUUUUACCCCUUUUUUUUGACUCCUGUUUUAGGUAAGCCUAAUUCAUUUUGCCAGUAUUUCUUCUUUAUAAAUAUUUGCUUUACUAUAGAGCAGCCAUAUUUCUGUAAACAGUAAGACAUUGGAACGCCUCCUGUGCAUAGAUGAUACUAGAUGAAAUCUUAUAUAGCCCGUGAUUGUUGUUUACCUUCA